UCGUAAAUCCCUGAAUUACGAUGUCAAUGCCUUCAAGAUAACUGGGAAGUCGGGAAAAACGAGCACCGAUUGAGAAAAAUGGUUUUGAACGGUCAUCUAACUCGGAAUUCCAUGUCGGAAACUCGGGCAUCUUUCUAGAGCUCCGACUUUCCGACUUAAAGAUCACUAACGUCAUGAUUUGACCUUGUUUUUCCUGAGAUCCCAGUUUUCGUGACAGCGCCACAAGCUGUACUCGGAAGUGACGCCAGCUGCUGGAUCAUUUUUGUGUGCAGUGAGCCAAGCAUAAAAAAAGUGUCAACUCAACCAGUGAGAACCAAAAUACAAUACCCAAAAGUAAAGAGUCGAGCCAAAGAACAGCAGUCGGAAACUGAGAAAUUACAACUUAUCUGAAAAGAGUGCAUUAUGAACCCAGUGUACAACCCUGCACCAACAGGGGUCCCCUAUGUCAACCCUAAGGGACAUUUAGUAGGAUACCCAGCUGGAUUUCCUGGGGGGUACUCAGCUGGCCCUGCUUACACUCCCAACAUGUACCACCCUGGAGCCAACCACCCAGCCUUCCCCACAGGUUACGUUCCGGGCACUCCUUUUAAAAUGACCUGCUCGCCCACCACAGGGGCUGUCCCACCCUACUCCUCAUCACCCAACCUCUAUCCUGCAGCAGUCUUCCCUGUGAGGAGCACCUACCCCCAACAGAUCCCCUACACACAGCAGCAAGGCACUUACUACACACAGCCUCUGUACGCAGCCCCACCCCAUGUCAUUCAUCACACUACAGUGGUCCAGUCCAAUGGGAUGCCAGCAGCCAUGUAUGCCCCGCCCAUGCACCACCAGUCCCGCCCCCACAACGGCGUAGCCAUGGGGAUGAUAGCAGGGACCACUAUGGCCAUGUCAGCCGGAACUUUGUUGACGCACUCCCCCACCCCCCACCAAGUUACAAUGCCCACAUACCGACACCCAGGCGUACCCACCUACAGCUAUGUUCCCCCCCAGUGGUAAAGUGAUGGCACUGUCAGACGAUGGUAGAUAUGCAUUCACACUCCAGUUGGUGAUGACGCUCUCUGGUGUCUCGUGUCAGCUAUCCUUCCUUCCUUCCUUCCUUCCUUCCUUCCUUCCUUCCUUCCUUCCUUCCAAGCAUACUGUGAAUCUGAAGCCUAACUACAAAACAACACCAGGUGUGUUCAGAACAGGAUGAAGAGAAUAUUCCUACUGCUGACUAUUCCUGUUUUGAAUGAUACUAUCCAAGAAUCCUUCACUCACCGUGCUGCAUAUCUGACAGCUAAGUCUCCAUGCAAACUUGUGUUUUGUGUACUGCCUUGCGAUUUUUAUAGCUAACUCUAUUAAGUGGUGAAAAGGGAGUUUGAAUUUUGUUUAGAUUUUCAGAUCCAUUUUGAGUUGAAUGCAUGUGUGUAUAUACACUGAGUGUAUGAACAUCAGGAACACCUUCCUAAUAUUGAGUUGCACCCCCCUUUGCCCUCAGAACAGCUUUAAUUCAUCGGGGCAUGGCCUCUACAAGGUGUCAAAAGUGUUCCACAGGGAUGUUGGCCCAUGUUGACUCCAAUGCUUCCCACAGUUGUCAAGAUGGCUGGAUGUCCUUUGGGUGGUGGACCAUUCUUGAUAAGCAUGGGAAACCAAUGAGCGUGAAAAACCCAGCAGUGUUGCAGUUCUUGACACAAACUGGUGCGCCUGGCACCUACCAUAACCCAUUCAAAGACACUUAAAUCUUUUGUCUUGCUCAUUCACCAUCUGAUUGGCACACAUACACAAUCCAUGUCUCAAGGCUUGAAAAUCCUUCAAUAAGGGAUCAUAGCUUUCACUUGGAUUCACCUGGUCAGUCUCAUGGAAACAGCAGGUGUUCUUUAAUGUUUUGUACCCUCAGUGUAAAAGAAGAAAUAACACUAGCUCAAUCUACCUUCUGUGACUAAUGCAAAAUCAUCCAAAAGAAUGCAAUUUUGAAUCACUGGUGCCAUUUCUUAAUGUGAAACAUUAAAAGAAAGGAACAAGUUAAUUUCACACAAACAGGUAACUUGAGUUUAACACACAAAGCUGUGCAGAACAAUUGUUUUCGUUGCUUGUUUUUGGUAAUGUUGCUAGGAUGCUAUUAUUUCUCUGGGGGAUGCUGUGUUAACAUUUGUUUGUUGGCCAUUUUUGUAUUAUGGGAAGGUGGGCCUUUUUGAGUUUUAAGCCUCUGUCUCAGAUGUCUGAUAUCCAUUCCAACACGAAAACAUUAUUCACGCUCUUUGCCCAUGGAAGAUGUAGCACAGACUUGAGUCCUAAAGGUCUUAGAUAGGGAAAGGAAACGAAGAGGCCCUGAACAGUGCUUUACUUGGGUAGGAGCUCACCGGACCUGAGUACAGGCACCUCAAAUGUUUUACUGCUUGAGCUCCUGUUCCCAUUAGCUAAAAAGUAUCUGGCACCCAAAAUGAAUACCGGAACCAAUUUCAGUUCAAGUCAAGUACUGGCCCUAAAGGAAGCUAGCAGAAUGACUGACCUGUCAUGACAUUUCAUCUAUUACUGGUCACAAAGGAAAGGAUUUGAGAAAAGGAAGCAAUUUAGAACUAUUCGGACUCCAUCCUACAGUGAGUGAUGGUGCGAGAGCAUUUGUAUGCAUGUGAGCGUGUUUGUGUAUAAUUCUAUUUGCUGAAAGAGGAUUAAAAUACUAAAGCCAUUGUGCAUACAGACGUAAUGUAUGUAUCAUACCUGAACAUUUCUACAGAUUCCUUUCUGUUAUUGGUUUGGGUUUAACCACACCAAGAGCUACAGACUUUAGAAUCACUGCAAAACUGAGACAUUUUAACAGGUUUUAAUCUUUUAUCCUGGAUUUAUUUGAAUGUAUUAAAUAGAUUAGAAUUUGCUUAGUAUUAUUGGAAGAAAAUUCACAUUUGAGAUGCUCUGUUUUAAGGAAGCCAGAACUUGACAUUGUUUGCUAGUUACAAGGCCCCACCAGAACUCACCAACAUAUCAUUGUCUUUGAUUUGCUCGUCUAUAUUGCCUUUACAAGACGUCACCUCAGUUACUGAAUGUUUUAUGUGUUUUUGUUAUUUUCAAGAAAGACCAAAAAAUACAAUUAUGAGAAUUGUCAA